CAAGGAGACAGAGGUGAUUAGAUCAUAAGGGAAACUUACAGAAAUUAGGUGACAAGCGUGGCAACAUUGCUCUAAUCAAGUACUUUGCUGUUACUGAGCGAACACCGUGCGCCGAGAUAACCUAAAAAAAUGGUCAUCUGUCAGUUGUAGAAGGAAAAAGUGGUCAAACUCUAUUAGUAUUUUUCCUACAAAUUUCCUGUCUUUUCGAAAAUGAAGGGCAUGAAGUUCAAACCGAUCACCCACGUCAUUUUCGAUAUGGACGGAGUUCUUUUAGGUUCACGCCUUUGAGCACCGGCGGCCAAUGACAUCGGUGCUGCGACAUUUAUCGCAGAUGGCAUUGAAAUCGCUCCGCCCCAUAGUCCUCUGCGGGCCAUCGGGCUCCGGCAAGAGCACGCUGCUCCAGCGGAUGAUGCGCGAAUACCCGGAUACGUUCGGCUUCAGCGUCAGCCACACCACCAGGAAGCCGCGUCCGGGAGAGGUGGACGGCGUUCACUACCACUUCACCACCAAGGACCAGAUGCUGGAGGCCAUCCGAGCUGGCAGAUUCCUCGAGCACGCCACCUUCAGCGGCAACACGUACGGCACGAGCAAGGCCGCCGUCGAGGAUGUCAAGAAGGCUGGGAAGAUAUGCGUGUUAGAUAUUGACACGCAAGGAGUGAAACAGGUGAAGCAAACUGAUUUAAAUCCGUGGCUUAUCUUCAUCGAGCCGCCGUCAUUGGAAGUGCUCGAAGCCAGACUGAGAGCCAGAAAGACGGAAACCGAGGACAGUUUGGCGCAAAGGCUGAAUGUAGCUAGGGAGGAAAUGGAGUACGGGAAAACCUCUGGAAAUUUCCAUGUGAUUAUCACCAACGAUGAUCUGGAUGAGGCGUACGACAAGCUGAAGAAGUUUUUGGAAGAGAAUGUAUUCGAAAAGAAAUACAGAACAGUAUUAUACCCAGGUGGCCGAUUCUAUAGUAAAACGGUACGGUAAAUCUUACACGUGGGACGUGAAGCUGCAAGUGAUGGGCAAAACGGGCAUUGACAUGGCCAGGGCUGUGGUCGAACUGCUGGAUCUUCCCAUCACCGCCGAGGAGUACUACGAGCAAGCCAAAGUGGAGUUCCGCAACUUGAUGCCAAAGGCGGAGUUGCUACCAGGUAACUAUCGCCGUGUUUGACCCGCAUUUUGGGUUGCAGAUACCGAGGGCAUAUACAAGAAUGUCAUCGCCGACAUCGCCAGGCGGUUCGGGAAGGUCUACACGCCUAAAAUCAUGGCCAAGGUUAUCGGAACUCCGGAAAGGGAGUCCUCCAGGAUAGCGGUGACGGAGAUGCAGCUGCCGAUGAGCGUCGACGAUUUUCAAAAGAAGUUCAACAAGGAAUCGCACGAGCAGUUUCACAAUCUGCCGCUGAUUUCAGGUGUUGACAAGUUAAUAAACCAUUUCAAGUAUAUUAGAAUUCCCAUGGCGGUGGCCACUUCUUCUCAUCGGGAAAGCUACGAGUUAAAGGCUAAACCCCAUAACGAGCUAUUCAAAGCCUUCAGUCACGUAGUGUGUGGCGGUGACGACCCAGAAGUUAAACGAGGGAAGCCUCAUCCUGACAUAUUUUUGAUGUGCGCAUCAAGGUUCCGCGAUAAACCUAGACCUGAACAGUGCCUGGUGUUCGAGGAUUCUCCAAAUGGUGUAAAAGCGGCUAGAGCUGCAAACAUGCAAACAGUUAUGAUACCCGAUGAGAAUGUGCCUCAAGAGCUUCGCAAAGAAGCUACAGUUGUUGUGAAAUGCCUCGCUGAUACGCCUUUAGAAGCUUUUGGCUUGCCUCCAAUGGAAAAUCGAUAAAGUUGUGUAAUAUACGUGGCAUCUUAGUACAAAUUGUAUAGUUUUUCAUUAAAUCAGAAGCGUGUUUAUAAUAUAUAUUUUUCUUCCGAC